GAACUGAAAUCAUUUGUUUUAGAUCACAUUAAGGAAGGAGCGUGGAAAGUUGUGAUGCAGUUUGUGGCUGGACUGCUGCAACAAGAGGAACAGUCAACUGAUAUUUUUAGCGGCCUCCUUCCCUUAUCAUCUGUUACCAGAAACGUGAGUUUCGAAAUCAGCAGGAGAAAAGAGUUAGAGGCACGAACUGAAACAGUGACCUGUUGGCCAGCUCAGGAAGACAAAGAACUAGUGGUGACUUUAUUCAACUGCAUGUAUGAAACCAAUUCAUCCAGGUUAGAAGUUCAAAGCAGAUUGACCCAAAUUGAUUGCCAUGCGCUGGAUUUUAGUAAAUGUCGCUUGUCACCUCUUGAUUGUUUAACAUUAGUGCAUGCACUUCAAUGUAAUGGUGAAAAAAUUUGGCAUUUCGAUUUAGAGUUCAACGAUAUUGCUGCAUUGGGUUGUAUAGAAAUUUCCAAAUUGUUUGGUGGCAAAGAUCACAAUCAGGGCUUUUGUAACCUAAAAGUCUUAAAUCUCAGUUCUAACAGUAUUACGGUUGAGGGUGUAAAAUCCUUGACUACAGCACUCAUAAACAGUAAUUGCAAACUAAACAGCUUAGGCCUCGAAGAUAACGAGAUAACUGAUAAAGGGGUAGAACACUUGACUACAGCACUCAUAAACAGUAAUUGCAAACUAAACAGCUUAGGCCUCGAAGAUAACAAGAUAACUGAUAAAGGGGUAGAACACUUGACUACAGCACUCAUAAACAAUAAUUGCAAACUAAACAGCUUAGGCCUCGAAUAUAACGCGAUAACUGAUAAACAGGUAGAACACUUGACUACAGCACUCAUAAACAAUAAUUGCAAACUAAAUACCUUAGAUCUCGAAGGGAAUAAGAUAACCGAUAAAGGUGUAGAGCACUUGACUACAGCACUCAGAAACAAUAAUUGCAAACUAAACAGCUUAGGCCUCCAAAGGAAUGAGAUAACCGAUAAAGGUGUAGAGCACUUGACUAAAGCACUCAUAAACAAUAAUUGCAAACUAAACAGCUUAGGCCUCGGAACGAAUAAGAUAACUGAUAAAGGUGUAGAGCACUUGACUAAAGCACUCAUAAACAAUAAUUGC